CCGAGGGUCGGCCGGGUCGGGUGUAGCCUGCGCCCUAGGAGCGGGACUGAGGCGACCAGCGAGUCGCAUUGGGAGGUGUGCGCAGUUAGGCUCUGGGUGCCUGCCGACCCUUAACACACCUGCCGGUGCCCAGGCCCAGGUGGGUCUCAUGACGGAGCCCGAGCCUUUCCGUUGGUGGCUAGCCUUAGAUGGAGCCGGAAGGCGAGCCGAGACUCUUCCAGCGGUCCAGGCUGGUGUCUUUUUCCCCCAGGUUUUCCUUGCCUCCAAGUUCCCUGACUGUCGGUUGUCUCUUGACUCUCUACCUAAGUAUGGCGGACCCUAACUCCAGCUCAGAGAGGCCUUUUCAGGGUUUGUGGUCGUAUAGGCCCAGAAACCUGAGACCCUUGUGCUGGUACCAACAGCAUUGGAACAGCCUUUCGUUUUUCUUUUUCUUUAAUUAUCUUACCAUCAUUAUUUUACUGUUGAGCUGGGGUUCCAGGUUGGUCUCAGACUUAAGAGCCGUACAGCUGCUUCCACUACCUAAGCGACAGAAACUACAGUUGUCCCUACAACAUCCGGCAACAGCUUUGCUUUUUUUUUUUUAAAUUGUACUCUAGUCGCAGAAACUUUGGGGGCAAAAGUUAAGUUUUCCUCCCAGAAAGCCUUAAGCUUUGGUGAUGGAGUGAAAUCCUAAGUUUCAAGGAAGCCAGUCUGGCUGAAAACGUCAUCUACCAGCAAUGCCACGCUGCUGUCCUUCUAAAAUGUCGCUGACAUUUCCCAGGAUCCUCAUUUUCACCAACGGAAAAGCCAAAACCCAGAGAUGGGCACAGCAAUUUCUUGGCUAAGUGGUAUUCCACCCGUGGACCUGUGAGACAGUGAAGGAAGUGGGGAGACUUGGGUAAACAAGGCUGGCCUCAAACUCCCAAGCUCAACGACAUUCUGCUUAAGACUCCCAGACAGCACGCUGUACAUGGUUCAGCAUGCCUGUAUGGUGGAGACAUCCUACAGAUUUGCAUCUGAAUAGACAGUCGUUUAAGUCCCCUAUUCAGUUUGACAAGCUUGCUGGUCCUGAUAGGUGGCACCCACACGUGGAACCUCAGGAAGAACACUGCAAGUCUGCAAGUGAUUGGGGCAAAAUUGUAAACAUGGACCAGGGUAAUAGUAGACAGCUGUUUAUACAUUUGAUUAAAGAUAUUUUAAAAGCCAGAGGAGCUAAAGUGAAGCAGCAGCAAGUACAAGAAUUCUUAGAGUUUGUCGAGCAGGUGUGCCCGUGGUUUUCCAAGCACAGGACCUUGGAUGCAGACACAUGGAGGAGAAUUGGAGCAAAAAUCCAACAGCAUUCUAACAAGCAUGGGCCUGGAAAGGUCUCAGUUGGUGCUCCCAGUCUGUGGGCACUUAUCCAGGACAGUUUGAAUUUGCACCCUGAAGGGCAGAAGGUGUUUCCUCCUGAAACAGUUAAAAGUGAAACAAAACCCUCUGCGCUGCUGAAGGAGCCCCUGGAUUCGGACACCUUUACAGAAUUGUUGGAUGAUGAUCAGUUUGAUCCUGUUGAAGCUGAGUUUGAGGAAGAACGCACUGGGUACAGUAAUGAGAAGUUUUCACCUCCCCAGAUUCAGACUGUGAAUGUCAAAGGGCAGAAACCUGGUGAUGAGAUUGAGGAGGAGCUGAAGGGCUUGAGGGAAUUAGUAGUUUCCCUUUCACAAAAACUGGAGAGUCUGCAAGUCUCUUCUCGGAAGGGCACUCCUCUUCCUACUGUCAUGGCUGGAUUAGAUCCGCCUGGGGAGCCAUCUGUGGUGCAAAGACUUCCCACGGUAUGGCAAACACUCACUGUUAGUCAUAUGUCUCCCCUGGAAGCUAGUGUUAAAGAAGCAGCUAGCAGAGGGGAGGAUGUGCAAGGGUUUCAGAUGUUCCAAGUGAUUGAGCAGCGAGAUGCCCAGGGCAACAUUAUUUUGGUGCAUAUGCCGGUUCUGUUUAAACAACUCAAGGAAUUAAAAAUGGCAUGCUCUCUCUAUGGGCCCACUGCACCCUUUACAAGAGGUCUGCUUGAAGACAUAACUGUAAUGAUCUUGACCCCUGGGGAUUGGAAACUGAUUGCCAGAGCUUGCCUGUCAAGAGAGCAUUACCUGUGGUGGAAAGCUGAAUUUAUGGAACAAUGUGAAGCCACAGCUGCAAGAAAUCGGGCCCAGCAAAGUUCCAUUACUUUUGAUAUGCUUGCCGGAGAAGGCAUUUAUCAGACAACAGAUCAGCAGUUAAAUUUUGAUCUGGCAGCGUAUGCCCAGGUAGAGAUGGCUGCCAAGAUGGCCUGGAAUAGGCUUCCAUGUACUGGAAUGCGUACUGUGGACUUGUCAAAAAUAAGACAAGGACCUGAUGAAUUAUUUCAGGACUUUGUCUCUCGGUUGAGGGAGGCAACAAGCAGGUUAAUUGGGGUUACAGAAGAUAGAUUUGUCAAAGGGCUAGCCUAUGAAAAUGCUAAUGCUGUCUGUCAGGCUGCUUUGAGACCUUAUAGAAACAAGGGCAACCUCUCUGAUUAUAUUCGACUUUGCUCAGAUAUUGGGCCUUCAUAUACUCAGGGGUUAGCUAUGGCUGCUGCAUUACAGGGAAAAACAGUUAAGGAUAUUCUCUUCCAACAAAGAAAUCAAGGCCUGAGAAAAGGGAGAGCUGUGGGCUCUUCUGGAAGUUGCUUUGGGUGUGGCCGGAUGGGGCACAAGGUCAAGCAGUGUCCUGAUGAGAGAAAAAGUGUUGGGACAAAGAAGGAACCCGGAUUGUGCCCAAAAUGCAAGAGAGGAAAACAUUGGGCUAAUGAAUGUAGAUCAAAGAAGGACGCCCAUGGGAAUCCACUGCCGGGAAGGGGGCAAAGGGGCUUGCCCCAGGGCCCGAGACAAUGUUGUGGGGUGCUUCAGAAGUCUGUUCCUCUGCAAGGAAAUGGUACCUCGGCAGUGCAGAAUUGGAUCUCAGCUCUUCGCUCUGCACAGUCUUAACUCCCAAAAUGGGCGUGCAAACCCUCCCUUUUGGUGUUUAUGGGCCUUUACCAAAAGGCCCUGCAGGGUUAUUGAUGGAGAGGAGGAGAACCACCACACGGGGGGUUUGUUGCUCCCAGCGUUAUUGAUGCUGAUUAUGAAGGAGAAAUCAAGGUUAUGAGCCACUUGCCUAAUCGAAUUUCUGUGGUAAAGAUGGGCUUGAAACCUGCACAAUUAAUUUUACUUCCCUAAGUGUAAACAAUAAAUCAAGUUUCAAGAGGUAAAAGAGAAGAGGCUAGAUUUGGUUCAUCUGAUGCCUGUUGGUCCACAGUGCCCAGAACUCACUUUGUUUAUAAAUGGAAAGAGCUUUUCUGACCUCUCCUAGAUGCUGGUGCAGAUGUGUGUUAUUACUGCCAGUCAAUAGCUUUCAGUGUGGCCAAAGAUGGAUUCUAUUACACAACUGCCUACAGUCAACCUAAGACAGGACACGCAUGGUAGAAUGAGUGUACCAGUGAUAGGCAAGUCUGGAAGGUUGAAAAGAUAGUCAUCUGUCUUGUGUCAGAAGCACAGAUAUUAAAAAAUUAAAGGGAGAAUUAUGGGAGUCCACAGUGACUUCCAUCUUGAUUUAAGGUCAGAGAGUUCAAGCUUGUUCUUGCUCCUCGCGGCCAGAUUGUAGAACAUUGCCAUACCACAACUCCAGUGUCGUCUGUGUGACAUAACAUGUCAUGCUGGAUGGGAGCUACGUGUCCUAUGGGACUAGGCUUCCUGGAGGUCAAUGGCAGAUGGCCCGGUAUUAGCCACCACUGAGGCAUAGAUGGGUUUCUCGAGUAGCUGGCUAUGCGGGAUAUGGGCUUUGCACAAUCUGUUUUAUAAUAAUGAUAGUCUAUCUGCAAGACAAGGAUUAUCUCUUCAGGAACAGCUCUGGGAUCGGGAAGCACAGUAUGGGAAUAUAUAAGACUACAGCAAGGGUGUCAUACACGGUAUAUGAUGAGCAAGGGAAUAGAUGGGUUAAUGUUGAUGGACAGAGUGUUAUACUUUGAACUUUAUAGGCUUGCUAGAUCCCAACCCCCAUGGUGUCUGCUGCAUAAGGAGGUACAAAAAAGUAUUUCAACUGUUGCAGAGAGCUGUCAGGCGAAUUUGGUCACUAGAUGAGAUAAAGAAAGGGUUAGGAAGAGGAAGGUCCAUGAUAGCGAUAAUGAGACACUUUCUAUUCAUAAGAUGAGACCACUUGUCUGAGGUUUACGUUCCCAAGGACAAGAUUUCCUCUUCUAAGGAUGUUUUAUGUCUAACACCUGUCCCUGAUAAUACGCUUUUCUUAUAAAUCGCUGAUGUGACUAAAAGAAGCUUUCAUACUGUGCCAACUAAUGACACAUGACCUUCUGGUUUGUUCUUUGUUUGAAUACUAUAUAAUCAAAACAUGAAUACAGUAAAAUUGCAGCAGAUUUCAAAUA